AUGCGUUACAUUGCAGCUUACCUUCUUGCUGUUCUUGGAGGUAAUGAUUCUCCAAGCUCAAAAGAUCUGAAGAAAAUCCUUGACAGCGUAGGCAUUGAAACAGAUGAUGAACGCAUGAACAAGGUCAUUAAUGAGCUGAAUGGGAAAAACAUAGAAGAUGUCAUCGCCCAAGGUAACAGCAAGCUUGCCAGCAUGCCGGUGGGUGGGGCUGUAGCAGUCUCAGCUGGGGGCCCUGCCGCUCCUGCCGCAGGUGCUGCACCUGCCGUUGCUGAGGAGAAGAAAGAAGAAAAGAAAGAAGAGUCUGAAGAAUCAGAUGAUGAUAUGGGAUUUGGAUUGUUUGACUAAAAUUUUGUUAAGGGUUAUUCUGUAAUAAAUCUUGGUUGAAA